GCUCCUUCACAGCCAGCUCGAUCUCGAACAGAUCCACGACGAACUGCAGGAAAUCUCACGCAAGAACCCCUACUUGCGCAACUUUUUCCAAGGGUUUCUGGACAAGCCGGACGUCGAGCAAGCCGAGGCUUCCCAAAGCGUCGGCAGCACACCUCCAGCAGCAUGCACGGCUGCGCCGCGUGUUCCCGGACUUCAGGCUCAGUCAAGCCAAACCAGGCCUGGACAAUUGCUGAACGACUCGAGCGGCUACGGCGCCGCUUCAUCGUCGUCGGCCUUCUUGCCGGAAGCGGUCAAGGGUGAUGUAGAUGCUACCGACAUCAACGUCGGAAGAAAUGUAGAUGCUACCGACAUCAAC